UAUUCAAAGCCUCUCAAUCUUUGUUCUUGUCUUGUCUUUUUGCCACACUUAAGAUCACCCCAGAGAGAGAGAGAGAGAGAGAAAGGAACUCAUGGCUAGCUGCAACAUGGCAUCAGCUGCUUCAGGUUUUUUGUUGUCACUUAAUGUUGCAGGCACCACAAAUUCACCAGCUUCAAAAAGCACUAUGGUGAUGUUCCCUACAAGGAACAACAGUUCUAGUAGGUUUGUUGUCAGGGCAGAAGAUGAGGCUGCAGUAACAGCCACACCUCCAGUGGAAGGUGAAGCAGCUUCAAAACCAAAGCCACCACCAAUUGGCCCCAAGAGAGGUUCUAAGGUGAGGAUUCUUAGGAGGGAAUCUUACUGGUUCAAAGACACAGGUUCAGUAGUUGCUGUUGAUCAGGACCCCAAGACUCGUUACCCUGUUGUGGUUCGAUUCACCAAAGUCAACUAUGCAAAUGUAUCAACAAACAACUAUGCUUUGGAUGAGAUUGUGGAAGUUUAAUGAGUUUUAUUGUAAUUUUGACUCUUGUCAUGCUAUGCUAUUGCAGUUAUUAGUCUAAGGUUUUUUCAUGUCAUAAAAAGAAUGUGUAUUAUAUUCUCUCUAGUAUUUACCCCUUGAUCUCUAUAAACUACAUUCUGUGUGCAGUUGAUCAUAAUCUUAAACUUCCACCGCUUCUUAUUUUAUUGAAA